AUGGGCUUUUGUCUGUGCAGGCAGGGCAACUAUGCAGCUGCAAAUUCCUUCCUUGAUUCCUUUGCCACGCAUCGACAAGCGAAAGGUUUGCCUGCCUUGAGCUUGCAGUGGGGCCCUUGGGCUGAGAUUGGCAUGGCCGCUCGGAGCGGUGUGGGUGGUCCUGGUUUCUGGGCGCCGAAGAUUUGCCCUGCAGAUGCCUUGCAGGUCCGUCUUGCUCAAGAGGAUGCCAUCCAUGCCGCCCAGUUGGUCGAACUUCAAGAGCCAUUGGGAAGCUCCAGGCCUGGCUCAGUUCGUUCCAGCCCGGGCCAGUCGUGCCACAAGAGCCCGACAGAGAGCUGCCAACUUAGACGAUGUGCACAGGGAUGUUUUUGCUAG